AUGUUGCCCUCCACCAUCUCUUACCGCAUCUACAAGAAUGCGCUCUUCUUCGCUGCCCUCUUCGGCGCCGUCCAGGCCCAGAAGGUCGGCACGUCUAAGGCCGAAGUCCACCCUUCCAUGGCCUGGCAGACCUGCGCUGCUGAUGGCACCUGCACCACCAAGAACGGCAAGGUCGUCAUCGACGCCAACUGGCGUUGGGUCCACGACGUGAAAGGCUACACCAACUGCUACACUGGCAACACCUGGAACGCGGAGCUGUGCCCCGACAACGAGUCCUGCGCCGAGAACUGUGCCCUCGAGGGUGCCGACUAUGCCGCCACCUAUGGUGCCACCACCAGCGGCAACGCUCUGAGCCUCAAGUUCGUCACGCAGAGCCAGCAGAAGAACAUCGGAUCCCGUCUGUACAUGAUGAAGGACGACAACACCUACGAGACGUUCAAGCUGCUGAACCAGGAGUUCACCUUCGACGUCGAUGUCUCCAACCUCCCUUGCGGUCUCAACGGUGCUCUGUACUUCGUCUCCAUGGACGCCGACGGAGGUCUCUCUCGGUACACCGGUAACGAGGCCGGUGCUAAGUACGGUACUGGAUACUGCGACUCUCAGUGUCCCCGUGACCUGAAGUUCAUCAACGGCCUGGCCAACGUUGAGGGCUGGACUCCCUCUUCCAGCGAUGCCAAUGCCGGUAACGGUGGCCACGGUUCCUGCUGUGCCGAGAUGGACAUCUGGGAAGCCAACAGUAUCUCCACCGCCUAUACCCCCCACCCUUGCGACACCCCCGGCCAGGCCAUGUGCAAUGGCGACUCCUGCGGUGGUACCUACAGCUCGGACCGCUAUGGUGGCACUUGCGAUCCUGAUGGGUGCGAUUUCAACUCUUACCGCCAGGGCAACAAGAGCUUCUACGGCCCCGGCAUGACGGUCGACACCAAGAAGAAGAUGACCGUUGUCACCCAGUUCCUCACCAACGACGGCACCGCCACCGGCACUCUCUCCGAGAUCAAGCGGUUCUAUGUCCAGGACGGCAAGGUCAUCGCCAACUCCGAGUCCACCUGGCCCAACCUGGGCGGCAACUCGCUCACCAACGACUUCUGUAAGGCCCAGAAGACCGUCUUUGGUGACAUGGACACCUUCAGCAAGCACGGCGGUAUGGAGGGCAUGGGCGCCGCCCUCGCCGAGGGCAUGGUCCUGGUCAUGUCGCUGUGGGAUGACCACAACUCCAACAUGCUGUGGCUCGACAGCAACUCCCCUACCACCGGCACCUCCACCACCCCGGGUGUUGCCCGUGGCUCUUGCGACAUCUCCUCCGGCGACCCCAAGGACUUGGAGGCCAACCACCCGGAUGCCUCCGUCGUCUACUCCAACAUCAAGGUCGGCCCCAUUGGCUCCACCUUCAACAGCGGCGGCUCCAACCCCGGCGGUUCAACCACGACCACCAAGCCUGCCACCAGCACCACCACCACCAAGGCGACCACGACGGCGACGACCAACACCACCGGUCCCACCGGCACUGGCGUCGCUCAGCCAUGGGCUCAGUGCGGUGGCAUUGGCUACAGCGGGCCCACCCAGUGCGCUGCCCCUUACACCUGCACCAAGCAGAACGACUACUACUCUCAGUGCCUGUAA